AUGACCGAAGUCAAAAGCUCCGUCCAUGUGUACACGCCUCUGAAAGAUGGCGAGAUACGCUUGCUCUUUAUGGAUUCUAUCAGCCCUGGCGGAGUGACAUGGUCCCUGCGGCCUGUGAGCCUCUUGGAUAGCAACCAGUCAUCAGAGAGCGUCGAAUUCGACGCUCUUUCGUAUGCUUGGGGGAACCAGCACAAUACCUUCCCCUUCAUGCUCUCUGAUGGCAGGGAAUUGCAAAUCCACGAGAAUCUUCACGACGCCAUGCCUUGUCUCGCCAGGCGACGUACACCGCUGCCAAUAUGGAUUGAUGCCAUCUGCAUCAACCAGUCUGACGAUGCGGAGAAGAACCUGCAAAUAAGCAUGAUGCGCAGGGUGUACCGCUCUGCGUCCCAUGUAAUAAUAUGGCUGGGACGUGCUACUACAUACAGUGAACAAGCCAUUGCGCUGCUUCCAGUCAUCGCACGUGUUGGAGAGAAAAUGAAGUCCAGACCCUAUCCGGUAUUCGACACUCUUGAAUCUUGGGGGUUGCCCAAAUUCGGGUCCCCUAUAUGGCCCGCAAUCUACGACAUUGUCGACAACCAGUGGUUCACGCGUCUUUGGAUUUUGCAGGAGGCUGCAUUGGCUGCAUCGAUCAAGUGCCUAUGUGGCGACUUCGAGAUUGACUGGCAGAUACUUGAAAGAACUACAGGAACCACCGCAUUCCAUAUAAACAAACUAUACACCAAAGUCAACGAAGCCACAAGCCUGCCAAUUCACAGUAGCGUUUUUCGGAUUAGGAAUCUUCAUCAAGCCCAUGAGCACCCAUCUCCGCAGCCGAAAGUAACAGAUGUGGAACAUCUCCUCCGCAUCACUUACCUCUCGACGAGGGGCCACAACUGUUCUUCUGCUCGCGAUCGCGUGUACGGCGUCCUGGGCUUUGUGAGGGAUGAACAGAUCAAGAACCCGCAGCUCUACAAUAUCGAGCUGCCUGUCACCGAGCUCUACACCAAGUUCAUGCAUUUCCUCCUACACAAUGUGGACCCCAGAUCUUUGGCCCUGUGGCGACUUAUCAGCAUAGCUACUGCUCCCAACAAGAUGGAAGGUCUCCCAACCUGGUGUGCGGAUCUACACAACCAAAAGCCUGAUGUGCCUAGCUUUGAAUUCUCGCCAUUCAUUCUUCGCAUGUCGGUAAAAAAUACAGAAGCGGCAUGGCAGGCUGGCAGGUCUGAGCUCGGCUGGAGCCGCGAGGGCUUGCGCCAAGAUGAGCUUGGACUACAUGGAGUAGUCUUCGAUUGGGUCGUUCAUAUCUACCCGAGUAUCCCUAUGAUCGAUCCAGUCAGUGCUGUCAGUGCUACAGAUAUCGAAAAAGAUAUACGAGGACUUAGAUCUCUUCUCGAGUGGGAAAGGUCUCUGGCACUGAGUAUACUUGGAAUACAUCCGUCGACUCCAGUUGCAGAAGAUUUCUCACAACCACCCAGCCAAAUAAGUAUCGAAACCUACUUUCAAACCUUGUGUGCAGGUGUGAUCAACAUGGGCCAGCAUGAUGAGAAGAGUACUUCGAGUAUCUAUGAGUUUCGUUCUACGAUGGGAGCCUUGUAUGAUCUUACCGGGAGAAUAAUAACCCUGGACGAGAGGCACGUACAAACCCUCAAUCCCCACGCCGCGAUUCGAAGUGCUUACUAA